UCUGUGGUGGAACGUUGCGGACAUAAACCAGGAAGUGCAGCGUUUUAUGGCGUCAACAAAGGAAAGCGAAGCUGUGUUUGCCCUUCUACCACUGAGCAUUUACGAGUUACAAAAUAAUUAGCCUUUGCUGUGUUGUUCUCAUUUACAAAGACUAGGCUACUAGCAGCUCAAAACAGUAGCUAGCUAGUUGACUGCAACAAAUUUCAAAUGAAGAAGCACUCUAGUCAACAAGAUGAAGAGCAAACCUGGGAAAAAGCAACACAACAAAACCAAGAGGACUAAACACCAUCGAGACCCCAUCAAAACAGAGUGUGGAACACAGUCAGAUGAUGUUGACUGCAAUAGAGAAGAACUAGACGUUAGCCAAGCACCCUACAUCACUAAAGGGGUUUGUAUCAGCUCCAUCUUAAUCAAAGAGGAACCAGCAGACUUUGAACAGCAGGGAAUUGGCGAGGAACAUAGCCGUUCUGAUCCUUCCUUCCAGAAGAAGCACAUAAAACAUCAAAAUACAUCCAAUCCUAUGACCGGGUAUAGCCAGAUAUCAAGGAGUCCAGUGGUGAUGCUAACAAGAUUGUCUAAUGUGGUGGUUAAGACUCUUCUGCGAGACAGUAAAGUGUGUUUGGUGAAGGAGGAAAACCCAGACGAGACAGAUGGAGUCUCUACUUCUCAGUUCUUUCCUUGUCCACACUGCACCAUCUCCUUCACUGACUGUUACUUCCUGGAGAACCACAUCAAGACCAAACACAAGAAGCAGUACAUUGCUUUGUUCAAAAGCCACGUCUCAACGAGUAAAACCGUGUACGCCCCCACACACAGCUGUCCCCACUGUAGCUGCAUGUUCCAUACCCCACGGCAGCUACACGUCCACAUCCGUCAGGCCCACACCCCUGCCCCUCUAAGGAAACUCCACCCCUGCCCGUAUUGUGCCCGCAGCUUCCAGUACAUAGCCAGACUGCAUACUCACUGCAAGGUUUGGCAUAAAAUGGCUGUUGCUUUCACCGAUGGAUACCUCAGUUGCGCUGACUGUGGAAAGAGCUUCAAGAAUUCCUGGGGACUGGGGCCUCACCAGUGUCACAAGCCUGAGGACACUAAGCCUGAGGAUGGCCCUGUCUGUCUGAACAUCGGCAUGCCAUGCUCAGAGUGUGGCAAAAGCUGCUCUAGUCCUCAGAAUCUGCGCAUUCACAUGCGCACACACACCGGCGAGAAGCCUUACGUCUGCAAGGAAUGUGGCAAGAGCUUCUCAGAAGCCAGCAGUCAUUGCAAACACAUGAUGAUACACUCGGGGGGUCAAGCCAUUCAAAUGCCAGGACUGCGGAAAGGAUUUUGCCCGGAUGUGGCACCUCCGAGUUCACAUGACCGUUCACUCUGGCGAGAAGCCUUUAUCCUGCCCAAAAUGUGACAGGCGGUUUGCAUACAGGGAUUCUCUGAAGCUUCACCUGCGCACGCAC